AUGGGUAUCAGAACUGAGCUUAGGGAGGUAAUGACGCCGAACCCUGAAUGUGCAACAUUAGAGACGUCAAUCCUUGAAGCCCUGCAUAUAAUGCAUGACGGAAAAUUCUUACAUCUUCCUGUUGUAGACAAAGAUGGGUAUAUUGCUGCUUGUGUAGAUGUUCUGCAGAUAACUCAUGCUGCAAUUUCCAUGAUGAAAGCUGUUGAACUUGAAUAG